CUUAUCCUUACACCUUCAGUCACCCUUCUCAAUCUUCUCUCUACCUUGAGCUCCUUUCUCGCGUCAUCCUAUCAGCCACCUUCACGGUAUCCUUCGCAUGCCCCUUAUCAUCAUACAUCUCAUGCCCCCACCACUAUACCAUACAUGAGAGGCACUCCACCGGGUAUGAUGAUGCCAUCUCUAACUCCAUCGCCGCGACUUUUGCAACUGUUGCAACCUGCGCAGUCUAUUCAACCUGCCCAGCCUGUUCAACCUGUUCAACCUGUUCAACCUACCCAACCUGCCCAAUCUGCAACGAAAUCGGCGUCUUCACAGGGAACAAAGGAACUGAAAAAAUCCUUUUGGACGACCCCAAGGAUGGUUACAUUGGUGAACUGGCUUGUCGAUCAUGAUAACCACAGAAGACUUAACCCCGUUCGUCCAACACCCGGCAAAAGAGCAGGCCAUGUGCGCAAGAAGAUUGCCAGCUUUAUCAACGAGCAAGAUAACACCAACUGAGAUGCAGAGCAAGUCAAGUCCAAGAUUCAAUAUGCAAAAAAGAGGUAUAUGGAGGCGAGGAAUCUAGCGAAAUCGACUGAAGGAAAUACGGACAACGACACCCUUCGCGGCAGGAUGUUGGCACUUUGCCCGGACUAUGAUCGAUUCCAUACAGUAUAUGCUGGAAGUCUUUC